AAGAGUAAAGCCGAUAUUUACGUCAACGAGACUCAAGUUUGAAGUGAUUGCCAUUUCCCAUUACAGAACAACACUCCGACUUUCUUUCUUCUUCUUCUUCUUCUUCUUCUUCUUCUUUCACCUCGCAAAUCAUAAUCUUCACUUUUUCAAAUCACUCUUCCUCAACUCUCAAUUCUCCUCCUUUCACCUCUUCAGCUUCCAUCAAAUCCUUUUUCAUUCUUGAUUCGCUUAUGUUUGCCUAUCAUUUCCCUAAAAUUACCACCCAAUAACGACUUCAUGGCGGACACCAGGCGCCUAGGUCUUCCUAACCAACUCGAUAUUGAGCAAAUUCUCAUUGAAGCACAACAUCGAUGGCUGCGCCCAGCUGAAAUAUGCGAAAUUCUUCGGAAUUAUAAAAAGUUCCGCAUUGCCCCAGAGCCUGCAAAUAUGCCACCUAAUGGCUCACUUUUUCUUUUUGACCGGAAAGUACUGAGGUAUUUCAGAAAAGAUGGACAUAAUUGGAGGAAGAAAAAGGAUGGAAAGACAGUGAAGGAGGCUCACGAAAGGCUCAAGGCUGGAAGCAUUGAUGUGCUGCACUGCUAUUAUGCUCAUGGAGAAGAAAAUGAAAAUUUCCAACGGCGCAGUUAUUGGAUGCUUGAAGAGGAUCUUUCACACAUAGUUCUUGUUCACUAUCGGCAAGUGAAGGGCAAUAGGACACAUUAUAACCGAAUAAAAGGGACUGAAGAAGCUGAUACGGCACCCAGUUCUGCGAUUGAUAGCCCUGCUUCAUCUAGCAUCCAUCCAAAUAGCUACCAAAUGAUCUCGCAAACUACAGAUACAACAAGUUUAAACAGUGCUCAGGCAUCAGAAUAUGAAGAUGCUGAAUCAGCAUAUAAUCAAGCAAGUUCUAGAUUGCACUCCUUUCUCGAUUUACAACAGCCUUUUGCAGAAAAGAUUAGUGCAGGAAUCAAUGAUGCGUACUAUCCAGUGUCAUUUUCAAAUAAUAAUCAAGAGAAACUGUCAGACAUUCCCGGUAUGGAUAGCAGUGCUGGACUUUCUUCUGGUCACUCUAAGAACUUGGACUUUCCAGCAUGGGAUAAUACAUUGGGAAAUAAUGCUGCCAGCAUUCAUUUGCCUUUUCAACAAGCCUUUUCUUCGUCGCAAUCUAAUAACGUGACAGUUAUCCAGAAGCAAGAACAAGGGCCUUUCGAGCAGCUUUUCUCCAAUGGUUUCGGUAAACACCCACAGAUCCAAGAAGACUGGCAGGCUUCUGAAGGUAACUCUCGCUUACCUGAGUGGUCUGUGGAUCAGACCUUGCUCACAGGUUCAGAUAAUAAUCUCACAUCUAGAUAUCGAGGUGAAGUAGCCCAUGGUGACGAGUUACUUAAAAUCCAUCGUGGAAACAUUGAGCAUGAUGAUUUUGUAAAACCAGUUUCAAAGAGUAACAUGAACCUGGAGGAGAAGCCCUACAAUUCUGGUACGAAACAGCCUUUGUUAGUUGGAUCCUUUGCUGAAGAAGGUUUAAAGAAGCUUGACAGUUUUAACCGAUGGAUGAGUAAGGAACUUGGUGAUGUCAAUGAGUCACAUAUGCAGACUAGUUCUAGAGCCUACUGGGACAGUGUUGAAGGUGACACUUGUGUUAAUGAUUCCAGCCAAGUACGUCUUGAUAACUAUGUCCUUAGUCCCUCUCUCUCACAGGAGCAGCUUUUUAGCAUUAUAGAUUUCUCACCAAACUGGGCUUAUGAAAGUUCUGAAGUCAAGGUUUUAAUUACUGGAAGAUUCUUGAAGGUUGAGCAAGCAGAAAUUAAUAAAUGGUCAUGUAUGUUUGGAGAAGUAGAAGUACCUACUGAGAUUAUUGCAGAAGGUGUUCUCCGUUGCAAUGCUCCCAUACAUAAGGCUGGGAGGGUUCCUUUUUACGUGACAUGUUCCAAUAGGUUAGCAUGUAGUGAAGUACGAGAAUUUGAAUAUCGACUAAGCGAAGCUCGAGAUGUGCAAACUAAAUAUAAUCAAAGUGGUUGCACAAAUGAAAUACUCAAACUGCGAUUUGGAAAAUUAAUGUCGCUCAGCUCUCCCUCUUCAAAUGCUGACCCCGUAAAUCUAGCUGAAAUGUCCCAGUUGAGCAAUAAAAUCAGUUCCUUGCUGAAAGAGGAUCAAGAUGAGUGGGAUCAGAUGUACAGAUUAACUUCUGAGGAAAACUUCUCUGUGGAAAGUGUACAGGAGCAGCUACAUCAAAAGCUACUAAAAGAGAAGUUGUAUGAAUGGCUCCUACAGAAGGUGGCUGAAGGUGGCAAAGGCCCUAGCUUGCUCGAUGAGGGUGGUCAAGGAGUCUUACAUUUUGCAGCAGCUCUUGGGUAUGAUUGGGCUUUAGAACCUACAAUAGUUGCAGGUGUUAGUGUAAAUUUCCGUGAUGUAAAUGGCUGGACGGCACUUCACUGGGCAGCAUUUUGUGGCAGAGAACGAACCGUUGCUUCCCUCAUCUCCCUGGGUGCAGCUCCAGGAUUGUUAACCGACCCAAGUCCUAAAUAUCCCUCUGGUAAAACACCUGCUGAUCUAGCGUCUGACAAUGGACAUAAAGGAAUUUCUGGUUAUCUUGCGGAAUCUGCAUUGAGUGCACACCUUAAAUGUCUUGAUCUAGAUGCCAAGGCAAGCAAACCAACAGACACAUCAACUCCAAAUGCCGUGCAAACUGUUUCAGAAAGAACAGCUACUCCUAUAAAAGAUGAUGAUCCUGAUCGACUGUCUCUGAAGGAUUCAUUAGCUGCUGUGUGCAAUGCUACCCAAGCUGCUGCUCGAAUUCAUCAAGUUUUCAGGGUGCAAUCAUUCCAAAGGAAGCAGUUGGAAGAAUACGGUGAUGAUAAAUUUGGAUUGUCAGACGAGCGUGCAUUAUCUCUUAUUUCUGUUAAGACACAGAAAGGUGGACAACAUAAUAAUGAUGUGAAUGCUGCUGCAAUCAGAAUACAAAAUAAAUUCCGUGGCUGGAAGGGCCGUAAAGAAUUUUUGAGUAUUCGGCAGAACAUUGUCAAAAUUCAGGCCCUUGUAAGAGGUCACCAGGUCAGGAAAAACUACAAGAAGUUUGUCUGGUCUGUGGGAAUUGUGGAAAAGAUUAUCUUGCGUUGGAGACGAAAAGGAAGUGGUUUACGUGGGUUUAAGUCUGAAGCAUUGGUUGAGGUACCAAGCAUUGAGGAUCCGUCGUCCUCCAAGGAUGAUGAUUAUGAUUUCCUAAAACAAGGCAGGAAACAAUCAGAGGAAAGAAUGCAAAAAGCACUCGCUCGGGUGAAGUCAAUGGUUCAAUACCCUGAGGCGAGAAAUCAAUACCGGAGGCUGCUAAAUGUCGUCACUGAGAUACAGGAAAAGAAGGUUCCAUAUGAUGACGUUAUGAAUACAGAAGGAACAAUUGAUUUUGAAGAUGAUCUUAUUGAUAUUGAAGCAUUGUUAGAGGAUGACACUUAUAUGCCUACAGCAAUGCAAUAGCGAACCUUCAAAUUCAUUUUCCAUUGUAAAGAAAAUAGUAUUUAUGUUAGAUUUGAUAUUGAUACUAUAACACCAGUACUGAUAAGAUUAUCGUGUAUUAUCUUUUACUUUGCUCACCAAUUCUUUCAACUUAAUCUUAAAUGCAUCAUAUAGUAUAAUUUUACUUA